AUGUUCAAGGUGAAAUCGGAGAAAGGUUUGAGACAACAUUUGCUUUGCAUCUUCUACAAGCCGGCAAAUGUGAUUCCAUGUAACCACAACUUCUGCUUAGCGUGUAUCUCAAAAUGGAGGAUGCAAGACGCGUCGUCAGACAGCUGUCCUGAGUGCCGAGCGGUGAUAAGAAGUAUGGGGAAAGAUGCCUUGAUAAAUGCUUUCGUUUCCAUGUUUCUGGACUAUUUUCCAGAAAAAUCGCGUGAUGCUGAAGAUAUCCGUUUGAUGAACAAAAUUGAAUGUGAUUAUGCAAGCUUGUCCACAGCAGUUCCUCGGGAAAAUUCUGCUUUGCUCAAUCCACUAUAUCUCGUAGGGACUUGCUCUUCUUCAGAAUGGGCAAUGUGGAAGAAAGCGAUGAACUUGAAAUGUGAAAUGGGGUCAUCACUUGUAAACUGCUAG